GCAUUGAUGUCAAGGCUUUGAGAGGGACUGACAGUGACUGACAGUGAAUGCGUUUGUUGUGUGAAAAGGGACUGAAGUGUCGGUUGCAGUGAUUAUAAGAGCAAACAGUGGUUCAGUUGUGAACACUGUUUGUGAGCCAACCAUUGAUCGCACGCUUUCGAGCCCAAGAAGGAGUCCAUUGCGUGCACUCAACGGAUCCCGAGCUCCAGACGUCGCGCACAUCGCCUCCCAAUACACACAUCCACUCAGCCAUCGCUUCCCCCGCGAAGACGCGGCCGACGACUGUCUCAGUGGUGGACACGUGUGAAGACACGCGAGAAGGCGUUGUUUUUGGUGAUUGAAAACGUGGUCUGCGUUGGCAUCGAGUGGUGAAGAAGCGUUUGGUGACGAUAUGCCGGUCAGGUCUUCGGCAGAAUCGCAAUGCGCUCAGACACAGGACAUGGAAGCAGACAAUUGCAACUGUUCUGAUGGCAGGUGUCAUGAAUCGGACAAACUAUUCAAAGAUUCUCAACAAAACUCAUCGAAACAACAACUCAUUCAAAGCAAACACACCUUAAGAGGAGUUCCACUCAUGGCUUCGCACCGCCAGUUAGGAGUGACUCAAUCUCUUCUGUACAACGGAUCCAAAUUCGGUGGACACCAGAAGUCCAAAGGGAACUGCUAUGACGUCGAAGUCGUCCUUCAAAAUGUCGAUGAAAUCAAUUCAUAUCUUUGCGGUUACUUAAAAAUCAAAGGAUUGACUGAAGAAUAUCCAACUCUCACCACAUUCUUCGACGGAGAGAUUAUUUCCGGAAAAUAUCCGUUUCUGACCCGCAAAUGGGACGCCGACGAAGAAGUGGACCGGAAGCAUUGGUCGAAGUUUUUACAGUUCUAUCAGUUAUCAAAACAGUUUAAUUGUGAUAAUUUUGAUUACAAUCAACUCAUUGGCACUGACUUUGUAUUCAUGCGAUGGAAGGAACACUUCUUAGUUCCCGAUCACACCAUUAAAGUAAUCAUUAUCUCCAGUAAAUCAUUGCCUAACCCUCUCUUCCAUAUGAAGGACAUAAACGGCGCGUCUUUUGCCGGUUUUUAUUACAUUUGUUUCACCAAAUCUAACGCUACUAUUGAAGGCUAUUACUAUCACAGACAGUCCGAGUGGUUUCAGUCGUUGACUUUGGUUCACAUACCGGAGCACUCGAUACAGAUCUAUGAGUUCCGCUAAAAAACAAAACCAAAACUACUUUUUAGUUUUUAAACAUUUUUAAGCAGUUUUUUGUUUACUCCAAAAGCAAAGCCAACACAACA